CUCUUCGGCUCCGGGAUGAUCGGCCAGAAGACGCUCUACUCCUUCUUCUCCCCGACCCCCGCCGGGAAGCGACGUGCCCGCAGCCCUGAGCCGGCCGACCCGGGGACCGGCGUGGCGGCGGCCGCCGAGGAGAGCGGCGAUGCAGCGGCCAGCCCCGCCAAGAAGGCCCGGGCCGGGCAGGAGGACCCCGGCACGCCGCCCUCCUCGCCGCUGAGCCCCGAGCAGUUGGUCCGCAUCCAGAGGAACAAGGCCGCAGCCCUGCUUAGGCUCGCGGCCCGCAAUGUGCCUGUGGGUUUUGGUGAGAGUUGGAAGAAGCCGCUCAGCGCAGAGUUCGGGAAGCCGUAUUUCAUAAAGCUAAUGGGCUUUGUUGCGGAAGAAAGAAAACAUUACACUGUGUAUCCACCCCCACACCAAGUCUUUACCUGGACCCAAAUGUGUGACAUAAGACAUGUGAAGGUUGUCAUCUUGGGACAGGAUCCAUAUCAUGGACCCAACCAAGCCCAUGGGCUCUGCUUUAGUGUUCAAAGACCUGUUCCACCUCCACCCAGUUUGGAAAACAUUUAUAAAGAGCUGUCUACAGACAUUGAUGGUUUCGUUCAUCCUGGUCACGGAGAUUUAUCUGGGUGGGCCAAGCAAGGUGUUCUCUUACUCAACGCUGUCCUCACCGUCCGGGCACAUCAGGCUAAUUCUCAUAAGGAGAGAGGAUGGGAACAAUUUACUGAUGCGGUAGUGUCCUGGCUAAAUCAGAACUCCAGUGGCCUUGUCUUCUUGCUCUGGGGCUCUUAUGCUCAGAAGAAAGGCAGUGCCAUCGAUAGGAAACGUCACCAUGUGCUGCAGACUGCGCACCCCUCCCCGUUGUCGGUCUACAGAGGGUUCUUUGGGUGUAGACAUUUCUCUAAAACCAAUGAGCUGCUGCAGAAGUCUGGCAAGGAGCCCAUCAACUGGAAGGAUCUGUGACCCUGAACUGGGGGGCGAGGUGCUGUCUCUGGGGCAGUUUCUAGAAGCUGCUAUCGAAAUAUUUGCCAGGAGUGGCAGCUUUAUCCAGACAGAAGCUGCAAAGGCUCUACCCUGGGACCAUAUGGCUGUCUUUGCAAAAUGGCUUCAGCCUAAAACCUGAUGUCACAGUAUCUGGGAGAGAGCGGAGGUCAAAUACUUGAGGCUUGUUCUGUCACCUGUAUGGUAAAAGGGGACAGGAUGGAAGCACCUCUUUGAUACAGUCAACUGUGACUUGUUUUUACCUGGCAGGUUAGACUUUAGAUUGUAAGGUGGUUGGGUGUGUUUAUCUAGGAAGGCCUCCCCUCCCCUGCUUUGCCCCACCUGGGAUCCCAGUUCUUGGCCAAGAACACUGUUCCCUCAAUUCUUCCCUGGGCCCUCAGGCCCUUCCUUAGAGGGAGCAGGAGGCCGUUGCCAGUACUCAGAACUUUAGGGAUGACAAUUCCUGAGGACUAAUCCUCCGUGGGAGCCUUCACAGACCAUGCGAGCCUUCACAGAGCCCUCACAGACCGGCAGAAGGGAGUGAGCUGGGGCUUGUUUUUAUAGUUCUCUGCAUGUCUUUAGGAACAGCUGUGGGAGUUGAACUGGAAGAAAGAGAAGGGGGAAUUUUUAAACUUUAUUUUUUUAAGCAAAGAAAUGCUUUUCUCCUAGAUGUGUCCUAAGUUGGGGUUUUUAAGGCCGCACAGACUGCCAGAUGCUGGGUUUUUGUUUUUGUUUUUUGGUUUUUUUUGUUGUUGGUUUUUUUUAUGGACUGAAAUCACGGAGGGAUUUUUUUUCCCCCUGCAACACUGGUGAAUUUUGCUGUUUUAAGAAUACUUAUGCAGAUGUAUAUAUGUAUUUUGUAAUCCUUUGUUGGGGAGACAAUCUUUGUUAGGUCUGCACUUCCAUCCUAGAUCCUCUUAGAGAUGCUACUGAUCUGUUAGCCAGGGAAAGGGUUAACCCCCAGUGAGUUUGGGAAUAAAAGAUUGUUGAAGUUUCACUCCCUG